CAGGGUCUGAAGUUUCUUCAGCAGCGGUCUUCAGUCUCCUAACCUUAGCUUCUGCUGCUGGAAAACUCAUGUGUUAUUUAGUUUUAAGUGUAAAGUAACUGACAUUGUUAAAAACAAACAUGGCAAGCAGAGUCGUUGGUUUCCAAAAAGUUGGAACACGGUUCCUAGCCAAACAAGCAAAGCGGUUCUCUUGGAACAGCCGUCACUUUGCAUCGCAGGCAGACCCACCUAAAGUACCAAUCGAUCGGUCUCAACUUGGGUGUAAACAACCUCCACUCUCAGAGCCACUACCAGGUGUUCCGUCUCCAAACUAUGCAACUGUUAAGGACGAUAACUCGGAAACUAAAUAUACAGUGUUGCCUAAUGGUCUUCGGAUAGCUUCAGAAACACGUUUUGGACAAUUUUGUACUGUUGGGGUUGUAAUUGAUUCAGGUUCAAGAUAUGAAGUUGCUUAUCCCAGUGGUGUGUCUCAUUUUUUGGAGAAACUUGCAUUUAAUUCUACUUCAGUAUAUUCAGAUAGAGAGAAAAUUAUGACUGAGCUAGAAAAUCAUGGAGGUAUUUGUGACUGUCAGUCAUCAAGGGAUACUUUUGUUUAUGCUAUAUCUGCUGACAGUAGAGGACUUGAUGCAGUUUCCAAAAUUUUAGGUGAGGUAGUUCUGCGUCCUCAAAUCUCUACAGCAGAAAUUGAUAUUACUCGCCAAGCAAUUCAGUUCGAACUAGAAACAUUAGGGAUGAGACCUGAGCAAGAAACUUUACUUAUGGAUAUGAUACACGCAGCAGCAUACAGAGAUAAUACUUUAGGUUUACCAAAGCUUUGUCCAGCACCCAAUGUACCAAAAAUAGAUCAGAAACUUCUUUUUACAUAUUUGAAGAAUCAUUAUACUCCCUCAAGAAUGGUUGUGGCUGGAGUUGGGGUAGAUCAUGACCGUCUUGUGGAAAGUGUACAAAAAUACUUUGUUGAUCAGCAGCCAAUUUGGGAGGGCAAUGAUGAACUGAUUCUCCCGGGACCAUUACUGAAUGUGGAUGAUUCAGUUGCUCAAUGGACUGGAGGUUUAGUCCAGGAAGAAUGUGAAAUUCCCCAGUUUGCUGGUCCAUCAGGUCUGCCAGAAUUGGCACAUGUUGUGUUAGGACUAGAGAGCUGUUCUCACCAGGAUCCAGACUUCAUUGCUGUCUGUGUUCUCAAUAUGAUGAUGGGGGGAGGCGGCUCUUUCAGUGCUGGAGGGCCGGGAAAAGGAAUGUAUACCCGACUUUAUACCAAUGUGCUCAACAGGUACCAUUGGAUGUACAAUGCUACUGCUUACAACCAUGCCUACUUAGACUCAGGUCUAUUUUGUAUUCAUGCAAGUGCACCUCCCACACAUGUUCGAGAGCUGGUAGAAGUCAUAACGAGGGAAAUGGUUGCUAUGGCAGGCUCCGUUGGAAAUUCAGAACUGAGAAGAGCAAAAACUCAACUCCAAUCUAUGCUUCUUAUGAAUCUUGAAUCUAGGCCUGUAGUAUUUGAAGAUUUAGCUCGACAAGUUCUUGCAACUGGUCAAAGAAAAAGUCCUAAAUAUUUUAUUGAAGCUAUAGAAAACAUCUCUGCUGAUGACAUUCAGAGAGUUGCCCAGCGGCUACUUCGUGCCUCUCCUGCUGUUGCUGCAAGGGGCGAUGUGUCAAAAAUUCCUCAGCUUAGGGAUGUUCAGUCUGGAUUAAUGGAUCCAAAUGGUCGCAUUCCUGGUAGCCGCCAUCGCAUGUCACUUCGCUAAAGGUCUAUAGGUGAUUAAAGUCCAUUUAUUUUGGCUAAUUGUUUAUUUACAAAAUUCAGUACAGUUUAAAAUUCAACAUUAUUUGUGCAAUACACAUAGGUACAUGAUACAUUGUGGAGAGCAAAGAAAACUUAGUUUAUUGUUUUGAAACAGCAUAUAUUUAACAUAGAAAAUUAACCAUUGGACUUAAAUCUAUUCCCUCAAUUUAUGUGGGCAUCUUAUCAACUAGUUUUAAUGUUGUUGGAUGUUUUCUAACGUGUAUCUCCACUUCAUCCUCAGUUCUUCAGCCAUAUUCUUGUAUUGGUCGUACAAGUGUCUGAUUUCACAAGUUCUAUUGUGAACUAGUAUUUUAGCAUCCUAGCAGUGAACAAAAUUAUAAUUAAAUGUUUGCUAGUCUCAUAUUGAUAUAAGAUCUUUUUCGUCUUGCCUUUCAGUGAAUUUUUUCUUACCUCCAUUUUCUCUUUAAGCACUUCAGCCAAUGAAUUUGACUUAGGGUAUUCAGGACUCUUUAAACUCUUUGGUUAGCAAGUGUGAAGGGGGUAGAAAAUAUUACAAAGGUGCUCCAUACUUUGAAUUAAAAAUCAUUUUCCUUGAA